UCCCUCUCGAACGAACGCCAUCGAAGCUCUCCCUUCGCUUCCUCUCGACCGGAGGAGCUUCCAUCGAAUCGGGAGAUCCCAGAGCCUAACUGGGCCGUCGGAGUUGCGCUACGGGCAUGGCGAAGGUCAGCGCCGCCGCGUCCGUCGCCGCGGUGCUGUGCAUGGUCCUCGCGUGGGCAUGGAUUCCCGCCGCGGAGUGCGCCAAGAAGCCGGCCUCCGCCGCCCGGAAGGAGGACGUCCCGUUCAUAAGGUGCCAAGUCUGCGAGAGGCUCGCGUCCCAGCUGCAUCGCCAGGUGCAGCAGAAGCAGGCCCGGAUCUCUCCCAAAAAGAUCUCGGAGUAUGAAGUGAUUGAGAUCGCCGAGAACGUUUGUAAUUUGAAGAAGGAGGAAGCUGAUUGGAUGCUCAAGAUUGAUAUCGUCGAGCAAGGGGAUAAAUUGGAGCUUGUAGACCAAGAUACUGAAGGGAUAUGCAAUUCCGAGUGCAAGACUAUCGAAAGAGCUUGUCAAGAGGUCAUGGGUUACUCUGAUACUGAUGUUGCUGAGUAUUUAUAUAACUCAAAGCCCCAAAUUGAUUCACUGGUUGAUUUUCUCUGUAAAGACCUCAGUAGAGCAUGCAGUUCCAAGCCCCCUCCGGUUCCUAAGGAUAGGACUCCCGGAGAAGCUUUUAUGCCCAAACCAGCUAAGGAUGCUGAGAUGGAGAAGAUCAUGAGAUCGAUGGAGGGUAUGCCGGGAGCACCCAACAUGAAGAUGUACUCCAGGGACGAAUUGAUGAACAUGAAAAACUUAGGUGUGGAAGAUGACGAAGAAGAAGACGAAGACGAGGAUAGACACUUCCCCUCAAAAUUGGGAAAAGUUUUGAGAGAGAAGGAGAGCAGUAAGGGUGAUUGGAAGCAGAAACUAAGAGAAGGCAUCAAAACUACUGGGGAAGUAUUAAAGAGACAUGCAGACAAAGUCUCCUUCCGAUUACAGAAAUGGUGGAGAGGGAUUAGAAGACCAGACUCGAAGAAAAAUUCAAAGACUGGCAAGUCAGAACUCUAAUGCCCGAAUAUCAGACCUUUGAAGAAAGCAAUACUUGAGCCUCCAGGGUAUAAUCUUCAUGUCCGGCUGGUGUAUCGGUAUAUAAUGUACAAGGCCCUUAAGAGCGGAAGAUUCGAGUUGUUCCAAGAGGUUGAGAGCGCAGAACAUGUUCUUUUCUUUCCCCUUAAAACUGCUUCGGUUUCCUUCGGUACUAAGAUGGAACGAAAAUGCGGAAUUUUGAUCUUGUUUCGACA